AUGACACCCACGCCCGCGCUGCAUCCCAUGUCGCCAUCAACUCCGAUAAGCACCAUGAACGCACUUCUCGAGUGUAAAAGCAACUGCCAGGGCGAGCUGGCAGGUUUUAGUUUCUACGUGGAUCGAGUGCACCGUAUGCUACUUCGCGGCAACUGCACGCAGUGCGUAAGUGAUAAAGCACCGGUCUGCCUGGCUGUUGUGCUCGAGUACCUGGUUGCUGAGUUGCUGGGUGUGGCGAGUGGCGUAGCUGUCGACAAUGAGAUAGGGUGUAUGCUCCCUCGUCACAUGCAUUUGGUCAUUUGCGAAGACGAGGAGCUAAACAACUUGGCAGCGAAUACGAUCACGCCACCAUCUAGCAUGGGGACCGUUUGGGAUGUUGCUGCUGGCCAUGAAGAUGGAGAAGUCCAUGGACAUCAGGGGGUAGGCUGA